AUGUCAGAUCAAUUGGUAAUCGAUGCGGUUGCCACCCGUGCCUACACGUAUGCGCAUGGUGACACCGCCUUUACAACAACGAUGGCGUUUGAUCACCACUGUGAUGAACUGGAUCUCUUUCGAAGAGGGCUUGGCUUCUACUCUGAGAGAAGUCGCCAACAGUACAAGGCUAUUGACUUACUUUCCACGAACGAGUACGGCGACCGUUUCUUCAAAGGGUUCAUGAAAUGGCACCUCAAAGGGGACGAUCACGGUACGGGUAGAGACCUUUUCUCACGAUACCUCUUCAUGUCAGCGGACUUGAAGGCCAGGGAGGAAAACAACAAGGAGAAGAUCUGGCGAAUUGUCUGGCGUGAGGGCCUUCCGAAUUUUCAAGAUAAGGCUGGCACUGUGGCCACUAACGAACAAUGUGGCCAGCAGAUGCGCAAAUUUGUUAGAACAUUUGGCUCCCUUGAACAAUGGCGCCAUGAUCAAUGUGGGAGGUUUCACCAUCGGAUCUGGGACGCUCUGGUUGAAAAGUAUGGCUAUCCGGUUCUAAAAAGGGGUUAG